AUGGAACGAUUAGCUACCUCGCCCAAGGUCCCACAGUUGGCAAAAGAAUCUGUGAUUCGAAAAGUCAUCUCGGGGUCUCGUCCACAACAGCCAACCUCCCGUCUUGGUCGAGCUCAUUUGCCCAACUCGGGGGUCUUGGGAGAGGGUGAAAGGAAGUACCUCAGAGGCUCAAAACGAUGCCCACCCUCCAGCCCAGACACUGGGCACCAGCAGGCUCCUCCUCCCCAACGCCCGGGCCCUUAUCAGGAAGCAAUUUGGGUUGGUGGGGAGGGGGAAGUCCGAGGCCCCGGGCUCCGCAAGGUGGGUAGGAGAGAUAGGGAAGUGGGGAGGGGGCCGUGGGGCCCUGCUGGGAGGGCCUGAGGAUGGAAGGGAUGCCGGGAGCCAGCGCUGUCCUUGCUGGCCUGGCCCUUGACAUGGUCCCAGAGCUGCCUUCCCUCCUUGCCAGGCAAGGCGCCCGCACCUUUAAUUAGCGAGCAGCAGCCUCUCCCCGAUUCAUCUCAGUCACUGUUUAAUUAGCUGCGCACAAGGCACCCCUACCCCCCAGCUCUGGGUUGAGCAGCCUGCCUCUCUCACGGAGGCUGCCACCACCUCAUGGUGUCCCCUCUCUCACACACACACACCCCACCGUAUUUAUUCUGCUCCCCAGAAGGGGGGAUGGGGCGGGCACGCCUGGCUGAAACCUCAAGGAGAUUCUGGGCACUGACGCUUGUAUUCAAAGCAUCCAGCAAACAUUAUUAGGGCUUCGAGUCUGCGCCAGGCUGGCGCUGGGCGGAACCCAGGCUGGAUGGGGGUGGCCGGCCGCCGUCCUGUCCAACUGUUCCAGAACGGCUUUUCCCUUUGGGAGGUGCCGGGACACCUCUCCAGCUGGUCCCAGGGUGUUGGGAAAAGCUUAAUAAUCCUCCCUGUUGCUCUCCCCCCCUCCGCACCCCACAACCAGAAAGGAACGACCAUUUCUUCCUUCGCCUCCCUGCCCCAGAGCCCAGCAAGCCCCCCGGAGAAGGCUGCAUCCACUGCGGGGGAGAGGGCCCUUCCUCCAGCCGGGCCUCCGCAGCGCUCAGAUCCCAGAGGCCCGGGCCGAGGCCAUGGGCAAAGGGAGGCGGUGAGGCGUCUCAGCCCCGCUCUGGGGCCUUGGGGGCACAGGAGAGAGCCCACGGCGUGUGGCCGAACCAGCUGCCCUCUGUUGCCCUGAAGCAGGGCGGAGCUGGUGGCCCCGGCAGCCGCGCUCACACCCUUCCGGGCAGAGCCGGGGUGCCACCGCCUCAGGGCAGCCAGCUGGAGGCUGGAGGCUCAGGUUCCAGCAGCCCUGCGCCCCAGUCCCUCCUGUGGCUUCAGGCAAAUCAGCCACCCUGGGGCCUCAGUCCUGCCCACAGAAGGGUGCCGGCCCCCCUGCUCUGAUAUGGACUAGGGACACGGAAGGACUAGCGCUUUCUCUGGUACUGACCAUCUAUGUGGCCGCGGCCAGCCACCAAACUGUGCCGUGCCUCAGUUUCCCCAUAAUGUCUACCUCGUGGGCUGUCCUGAGGAUUAAAUGAUUCACGAUGUUUAACACACUCAGAACGGCGCCUGGCAGAGGGAGGAAUCAUUGGCUGUUUCUGCCAUGAUUUCCCCUGCUUUUUACCGAUCGAUAUUUAUUGCCAGGUAUGAGGGACUUGGUGGUGAGUAAUAUGGCAAUCUCCCUGCCUUUCAGAGUUUUCCUUCCGGUGGGGGAGGCGGAUGAAAACAAGUAAAUAAAGGAAAAGUGCAAUUGCGUCUGAACAAAGUCUGCGGUUUAGUUAAUAGUAAUGUGCCGGCGUUAACAUCUUGGUUUUAACAGAUGUACCAUGGUCAGGUUAAGUGACGCGGUGACGUGGAGAAAAGUGGAUGAAAUGUAUACAGCCACCCUCUGUACUGUCUCUGCAGCUUUUCUGUGAACCUAAAAUUAUCCCUCCCCCAAAAAAGUUUAUUUAAAAAAUACAAUUUCAGGUAAGGGUAAGCGCCAUGAACAAAAUAAACAGGGCUAAGAUAGAAGAGGGUG